CAGCCAUCCGUGCGCGAGGAAGAUGACUCCCCGCUGACCGGCGACAUCCCAAGAUCAGAUAGAGAGAGAGAGAGAGAGAGAGAGUGAGAGAGAGAAAAAACACUGGGAUGCGAUGACAAAGUCAACAGCCGUAAUUGGAGAACUCGACAGCGUGUUUGAACAAAUGCAGCCUCUUCCACUGGGCAUGCUCCAUCUGCUGUGAGAGAAGAACUGGGCACGGUGUGAAUAACAGGCAGUUGGGCGUGUUUUUUUUUUGGAGGAGGAUUGUCGCCCUCUCAUCGGCAACUGAGUGUUGUUUCACCAAACGACACAGGGGGGGGAAGAAAAAAACUUAUUCCACCCUUCAAAAAGGUUGUAGAUGUUUUCUUUCUAUCCUUGUGUGAAUGAUAGGGAAAGUCCCUGAGGAGGUGAUCAUCUCUCCCCGCUGAGACAAAGACCUGCUGCAGCCCACAGCGUCGUUACACGCAGAGAAGGAGCGGGGCUGCGCGUCGGUGUGAAGGAGGUGAGUCUGUAGGCAGCAACAAACAGAGGAGGCAGAGAAGGAAGCAGAGCCGCGUCUCCACCAGGAGCUGUCCGCUCAGCACCACCGCAGUCACCUUGCUGUGAAAGUCAGAAAACCUUGCUCAGGACUGAUCGGAUCAAUCACACGAACUUAAGGAGACUAACGAGCCGGCGCUUGAGAUCGGUGCCAGCUUUCUAUCUCGACAUCUUGGAUGUAGCGAUGAUGUGACGUCCAUUCUUGAUGUGAUGCCAUUGGCUGAAAUCAUUUUGGAUUUCGGAUUCCAUACCUUCCAGUGAGUCCGGCAACUAUACACGCUUAGGAUCCUCCAGUUGCAUGACAGGUGCUUGUAUAGAAUACAGUAGGGUCUAGAGGGGAGGCAGCCUGAUGCGCGUCAAGCUUUUCUUUCUUAGUUGGUGAGACACGACAGGUUGCUUCAGGCGCUGCUUAACUUAUAUAAUUGUUGAUCUCUGCUGUAGAAGGGGGCACGGUGCGCCUAGACUUACCUUUGCGAUGAAGGGAACUUAUUGGAGAAAUGCCUAGGGGACGCAAUGGGCCUGAGCGACGACAAGGAUCGCAUUGUGAUAAACGUGGGAGGGAUCAGACAUCAGACAUACCGCAGCACCCUGCGCACCCUACCUGGCACACGCUUGUCCUGGCUGGCCGAGCCUGAUGCCCCCAACCACUUUGACUAUGAUGCUAAGAUCGAGGAGUUCUUUUUUGACCGCCAUCCUGGCGUUUUUGCACACAUCCUUAAUUAUUACAGGACAGGUAAGCUGCAUUGCCCGGCCGAUGUCUGCGGGCCUUUGUACGAGGAGGAGCUGGCCUUCUGGGGUAUCGAUGAGACAGACGUGGAGCCAUGCUGCUGGAUGACCUAUCGCCAGCACCGGGAGGCAGAGGAGGCCCUUGAUAGUUUCGGCGGGGGGGGCUUGUUAGACCUGGCGAAUGAGGAUCCGGAGCCAGAGCCGGAGCAUGCUGAGGAUGAUGUGGAUGAGAUGACAAGGAGGCUGGCGCAUGGAGACACACAUGACGCCAGGAGUGGAAGCCUGUGGAGCCGGUGGCAGAAACAUGUUUGGGCUCUGUUUGAGGACCCUUACUCCUCUAAAUAUGCAAGGUGGGUGGCUUUGGCCUCGCUCUUCUUCAUUGUGGUGUCAAUCACGACUUUCUGUCUGGAGACCCAUGAGGCCUUCAACCCUAUUAUCAACCGCACUGAGCUUGAGUGGGUGGACAAUGUCACAAUAGAGCACACCUACCAGGAGACUGAGACUGCGGCCUACCUCACUUACAUCGAAGGAGUUUGUGUGGUUUGGUUCACUUUUGAAUUUCUAAUGCGAAUAACUUUCUGCCCAAAUAAAUUUGACUUCAUACGGAAUGCCCUAAACAUCAUCGACUUCGUGGCCAUACUGCCCUUCUACCUGGAGGUCGGCCUGAGCGGCCUCUCGUCCAAGGCAGCUAAAGAUGUACUUGGUUUCCUGAGAGUUGUCCGCUUUGUGCGAAUCCUACGUAUCUUCAAGCUGACCCGUCACUUUGUAGGUCUGAGGGUGUUGGGCCACACCUUGAGGGCCAGCACCAAUGAGUUCCUGCUCCUCAUCAUCUUCCUCGCUCUCGGUGUCCUAAUCUUUGCCACUAUGAUCUACUACGCUGAACGGAUUGGAGCUAACCCGAACGACCCUCGAGCCAGCGAUCACACACACUUCAAGAACAUCCCCAUUGGAUUCUGGUGGGCUGUGGUGACCAUGACGACCCUAGGCUAUGGAGACAUGUACCCUCAGACGACUUCCGGCAUGCUAGUUGGAGCCCUUUGCGCCUUGGCUGGUGUACUGACCAUCGCCAUGCCUGUCCCUGUGAUUGUCAACAACUUUGGAAUGUAUUACUCCCUGGCCAUGGCGAAACAGAAACUACCAAAGAAAAAAAAUAGGCAUAUCCCUCGGGCACCCCAACCAGGUUCUCCUAACUUCUGUAAGUCCAGCAUCAGCUCCCAACCUCAGAGUCCCAUUGCCCAUGACGACGUUUUUGAGAUAAAGUUUCAAGCUCCCACACUUCAAUUAGUUGAUGAUUCAGAUUCCAAGCUGAACGGUGAGGCAGCUAAUGCAGCUCUUGCCAAUGAAGAUUGCCCUCACAUAGACCAGGCCAUAUCUCCGGAGGAAAUCUUCAGCCCCAGCGAGAGAGAGCGGCCCUGCUUCCUGGUCACGACUGCUGAACGCCCCAACCACACAGGGGGCAGAGUGAGGAGGGGUUAUGAAAAGCCUUGGAGCCUUAACAGCAUGUCUGGCAUGAGCGGGGAUGCCUCUGGAGUGUCCUCAGUGUCCGCCCUGCCCUGCAGCCCACCCUGUCUAAUGCAGCACUCACAUUCUCCCAUCCCAUCCAUUAUGUAGCAUGGUUGUGUAGCAGACACAAUGCCAUUGGAAGGCCAGUCAACACUCCUCCUUCUUAUCUUUCCUGUCAGAUAUUUUGCUUUUACACUUGCCUUCGCUCCUGCUUUUAUCAUUUUUAUUUCUUUAUUUUUGCUGGAAAACUGUAUCUUAACUGUGUAAAUACUCAAGCCUUCCCAAGUCUUCUCCUUGGGUGUGUCAUCAUUUCCUAGACUAGAGAACAUUGGCACAUGCCACUCUGCAUGGGUCACCUCAGUUGCAUACAAAGCACUGUUCUACUUCUACCAUAUAGGCAAACCCCCCUCUUUUCCUAUGUUUACAUCAUUGCCUGUUGCUCUGUUGCUUUUGAUCUCGCAUAUUCUUCUGCCACUAACUUUUUUUAUCUCAUCUGCUUUUUACAAUUUUGUGAAAUAAAUUUUCAUAAGAUGUAACCCCUGCGAACAAUGUGCUGGACAUUCCCGAUACAUGGCUUUGAAACAUAUCCAAAGGUAUCAUUGCCAGCUGUUAAGGGAACUCCUACUAAGUGCUUUCUACGUUGCAAAGUAGAGACGUUAUUAUUCUGAAAGUUCAAUCAGGCCAGACUCAAUGAUAUCCGAGUGGCCAGCCGCCCCCCCCCCCCAAAAAAAGAGAAGCAAAAUAAUAAAAUGAUGUUCUUGAUAUGUCAAAAGAACUCAAACUGUUUGUUCAUUUGCAUGAAGUGCAUGAGAAAUUAUGUUCUACAAGAAGCUAACUGUAACGCAGUAACUGUAAGAAAAGAGAAAAACCUUUCAAAAGCUUUCUAAGCUUUGUCAUGUUUUAUGCAUUUUGAGACAGCUUUACAAGAGACUCAGUCAAAGCAGAGAUUUUUAUGUAGCUGCCAUUCUUUGCCUUUCCCCAAAAUUCCUAUAUUUAUUUUCUUGUAUUUAUUUGACUGGGGCCUCCAACUAAAAUAGCGUGAUUAAACUUGAACAAUUUGUCAUAAAGCCAACUAAUGAUGUUAUGGGCAUAAAAAAGUUUUGUACAAAUAUAUUUACAAGUAGUUAUGAGUUUUUAAAAAGUAUCAUUAGUCUGCAGCAAUUUAUGCUGCUAUGAUGCCUAAACAAAGGCCAUAAUUAUAAAACAACGGUGCCUUCUUACAUGGCAAGGCGAAGUUUAAGGCAGAACUAAAUUGACAUCAUUUUAAAGUGCUCCUAGCGUAGCAUCUGCACACUUUAUAUCAUGCUCAUAACAGUGUGACGAAAGCUUUAUUUUAUAAGGUGCACCUUAUGUAAUUUUUGCACCACUCUUGUAACCUUAAUCGCAGUAAAAUGGCCUUUUGAUUCUUAUUGUUGCACCGUCCAACACAUAUAUUUAACCUAUAGGAUUAUACAUACUGGAUACAAACCAGCUAAAAACUGACUACAGUCCCCACCUCCAGAAAAAACUACAAUUAAGCACAAAAUACUACGAGAGGGGAGCAGGCAACUAUAGAUCCACAGUAAUGUAAGCUACAGUCAGCCAGAGAUGUCAUGAUGACUCCUGCUGUAUGAAUGUCUUUUAUUUAAAAAAAACAAAAAAACAUCAAUACUGUUACUGGUACAUGUAUUGAUACUGUCCCAGUAAUUAUGCACAAUUCUUUCAGGGCACUUUAACAAAUUAUAUGUUGACCAAUUAGGAAAUGUUGACUUCAAGAAGAAGGUACAAGUAAAGCAAGUCAUCCAAGUUUUAUUUCUAUUUUGAAUGAGCAGUUUCACUUUUUUCGAGUUAUGUCUCUGUGGUAACUAAUGGACGUUAUAUAUUUGAAGAAAAAAAAAAUUGUGAAAAUUUGAUGUGAACAGAUGCAGGUGAAUUAUAUGGUCAUGCAAUUCAAUGGGAA